UCGAGGACUGUUGUGUGUGGGCGCUGCUGUGUUGCGAGUGACAUUUAGUCGUAACUUCUCGUGUCCUGCACAUCUGUGUGGCAGUGAACUGUCUGCUGUACGUAACCCUCAGCAACGAAGCAAGGGCUCGAUAUAACUUUGGAUAACCACCCACAGCGCGCGAUGGGCGGGACGGCGCGGGUGCUGGGGCUGCUGGCGGCCGCCUGCUGGCUGUGGCAGGCCAGCGCCCACGUGGCGCUCACCUUCCCGCCGGCCAGGAGGUACGCACUCGACUUCCUCGACUCCUCGCGCACCAGGCCGCCCUGCGGAAUGCCCAGAGGUACCACGCAGACGUCGUUCCCCGCUGGCGCUGUGUUCAACGUAACGUGGCACCUGGCGUACCCACACAGGGGUGGUUACAAACUGCAAGUGCUGGAUAGCCUGGACCGCCCGGUGCUCGAUCUGACGCCUAAAGUGGGAAACUCGGAGUUCAUCCGGGACGAUGUCACGGCGCAGAGCUACCAGGUGAAGCUGCCGCCCGACUUCACGUGCGCCAACUGCACGCUGCGUCUGCAGCGACAGGCGGACGAGUGGGGCAGCAGCUACCGCUUCUGGUCCUGCGCCGACGUCGACAUCCGGGCGCGCAAGGCGUGGAAGGAGGACUGCAGUGGACGAGGCCGGAGCCUGCUGGGGAAGUGCCUGUGCGAUCGGCUGUACCAUGGGCCACGAUGCCAGUACCGGGAAGAGUGCGAGACGUCUGCCGACUGUGGACCGCACGGAGCUUGCAUUGACAUCGGCGCUACCACACCACCCCGCAGGCAGUGCUACUGUGAUGUCGGCUGGUUUGGUCCUGGGUGCAACAAGAGAUCACCUGUGCGGACUACAGAAAUAGAUUUUGCACAGUACACCCAGCGAAACAUGAGUGCUGAUGUUACUCUCUACUGGAGAAUUUUUAAGGAACAGAAGGAACUGGAAGCUGUUUUGGUUGUCAACGGUACCAGUUGGGUGGGACUGGGUUGGAGACCUCGCUCUCUAACCGCAACAUGCCGCAACUUCCCAGAAAUUAAGGACACUGUCAUUGUGACACCACCAGUCACAACACCUGCAGCUGAACCAGAACCAGAACCUAGCAGUGAGCCAGAACCAUCCACUGAGCCGGAACCAACAAGUGAACCAGAAUCUUCGGCAUCGAGCACAAAGCCUACAUUAUUUCUUCGGAAACCAAAGUUAGCAAACACAAAACCUCCUGGUCUCAGAAAAUCAAACACUACAGCAGCUCCAGAACCAACCAGUGAACCAGCACCAAGCAGUGAACCAGAGCCCAGCAGUGAACCAGAGCCCAGCAGUGCGCCUGAACCCAGCAGUGCACCUGAACCCAGCAGUGCACCUGAACCCAGCAGUGCACCUGAACCCAGCAGUGUGCCAGAACCAAGCAGUGAACCGGAACCAAGCAGUGAACCGGAACCAAGCAGUGAACCAGAACCCAGCAGUGAACUAAAGCCUACUGCUAAGCCAGCACCAAGCAGUGCAUCCAAUCUUUCUGAUGUGUCACAGACAAGUACAACUCAGCAACCGUCCAGAAAUGUUACCAAUAAAGUAGUGUCAUCAAGAGAAACAAAACUGGAAGAAAUUCCUGAAUCAAGUACUGUCCCAAGUGAUCAAGGAAUAUCUGUCCAGAAGACAAGUGUAUCUUAUCGAGUCAGUGCCAGAAGAGGUCGCCGGAAGAGAGAAACACCAAAUGUAGAACAGUCUCCAGGCAAGACUUCUGUGCAAGGACAACAGUCUGCCUCUCAAGAAUCAAGGCCAGGAACAUCACAAGGUCCUAUUCAAGCUACAAAGCCUGCUUUCCUGCUUAGACCAAAGCUUGGAUUAAAUGCUUCAGCCCAUCCUGAACCUAGUUCUGAACCAGAACCCAAAUCUGAGCCUGAACCUGGUUCUGAGCCAGAACCUAGCUCUGAACCAGAACCUAGCUCUGAACCAGAACCUAGCUCUGAACCAGAACCUAAAUCUGAACCUGAACCCAGUUCUGAACCUGAACCCAGUUCUGAACCAGAACCCAAAUCUGAACCCGAGCCAGCUUCAGAGCCUGAGCCAUCAUCUGGGACUGGAUCCAAAGCAAAGCCCAAGCUUGUGCCUACAAGCAGUGGGAAGCCUUUUUCUGCACAGGCUGUGCCACAGCCUCAAGGUGGAGCACUUCAUAUCUACGCUCCUCGUCAUGACUUUAAUGCCAUGGAUUGCACUGACAUUGUGAUUGGUUCUGCUCGGGGAAGUAGACAUCGUAUAAUGGACUACUACACACGAGACAGGUCCACUCCAAAAGUUGAUAAGUUCUGGGGAGGAAAUGAUGAUUUGACUGCAGCAAUGGGUUUUGAAAAAGAUGGAGUUACAACAAUAUUGUUUAGGAAGAAACUGAAAGCUGUGGAGCCUACUGAUCACACAAUUGAGGAGGACUUAAUGCAUGUUAUCUGGGCUAAAGGACAAGAGCCAAACAGAUACAUACACAAUCCCAAAUCAGGCUUAGAGAAGGAUAAAGCGUCAGUGAAAGACUUUUAUCGUCAGGAUGAGUUGAAGUAUCACGGUCAUGGUUCACAAAGAGGACAGACGACACUCAACUUCUAUGAAGAAGCAGAGCGUGAGCAGAAAACUGCAGCCACUGCUGAUGCCAGCAUCUGUGGUGGUCACUGGCGAACUCCUCGUGGAUGUGAUCCUGAGAAGGGCCAGUGCGAGUAUUAUGCCCGGUGGGAACAUCACAACAAAAAGGAUGAGCUUCGAUUUACAAUACAUACAAAGCACACUGACACAUGGACAGGAAUUGGCUUCUCAAAUGAUACAAGAAUGUCCCAGACUGAUGCUAUACUUGGAUGGGUGGACAGCAAGAAUGGGCAGCCAUUUAUGAUGGAUACAUGGGUGACAGGCUACACUCCUCCUCCACUUGGAGAGACACAAGAUAUUUAUAAUAUAAGUGGUCGCAUUAAUAACGGUAUUACAACAUUAUAUUUUAGCCGUAAGCGACUAACUGAUGAUGAGAAGGACUUUUCAUUCACUGAAAAUACAUGCUACUACUUUAUGUUCCCUGUGAGAGGUGGGGUGUUUAAUUCUAAAAAUAAGAGAAUGAGGAAACAUGAACAAGUUCCCAGUAUUUCUGCAGAAAGAAUAUGUAUUAAACCAUGCUUGACAGAGGAGUUAAAUGAAGUAAUAAGCACCACACCUGCUCCACCAAGACUGGCUUAUACCGUUGAUGUGAAGAUUGUAAAUCUUGGUGAAAAUUACCAUAUACCAAAACCAGGGAGUCCAGAGUAUGAUACUCUAACAAAUACCGUGAGCGGUGCAUUUACUGAUGCUCUCACAAAACUGAAAGGUUUCCAUAAGGUGCAGGUGGAAGAUUUUGAAGAAUUAAAUGGAAAUGUCAUAGCAAAAAUGAAAUUAGUUCUAGACAAGGACAAAUAUGAAAAUGGAAAGCCACUGGAUGAAGUUCCAGAGUCAGUUCAGCAAGUUCUCCUAGAGACUGUCAAAAGUGGCCGUGUUGGUGCACUCUCUGUUGAUCCAAAUUAUGUUGAAUUUGAUCUUAUAAAACAAGUAUCAGAUUUACCAGAAAACACAGAAAAUACUGAAAAUAAAGACACAGUCCUUUCUGCAACAAAGCUGUAUAUCGUUCUUGGGUGUAUUGCAGCACUGGUGUUCAUAGCAAUUGUUCAAGCAGCUUGCACUAUUUAUAAAACAGUUAGAAGCCCUGCAUCACACCACAAGGAUCAUCUUAUUCCAAACUCUGCAUGGAAGGAUUACUCAGCUGCCAACACAAAUUAUGCAUUUGAUGCAUUUGAACAUGAAGAGAAGAUUCCUGGAGGACCUGGCUCUGGGGGUGGUACAUUACCAGGAAAUGGUUCAGCGAUCAGCAUGUCUACUGGUGGCAUGGGAACAGGACAGUCGAGGGCAGUGGCACCUACAUCUGCCGGACCGUUACGACCGCACUCCCAGUCUCGCUACACGGCGGACAAUACACGAUCGCUGCAGCGUCCACUGCCAGCAUCUGCAUCAUCAGUGCCAGCUCCAGAACGCACUACAUAUUCUCUACCGAGGACAGCAGUUCAAGGACCUGGUGGAGGAGGUGGUGCACGACACAACCACCAGCUCCGCAAUGGGUAUUACACCCAGGAUAACAGAGUUGCAAGAGGUCCAGGCUCGCGGCCUACUGAUUUGCAACCUGAUUUCUACUUCAUGCCUUCACAGCGGAAAUAUUCAGGCGAGGUAGUGAGAGUCUAUGUUGAUUAUAACAAGUAAUGGACUAUGCAUUCUACUGCUCUCCUCCCAGCUUAUCAUUCCCUGUCCUGGUGUUGGCCAUGCCUAGCUAUAGUGGGGCAUGAGGUUGGCUACAGUGGUGGCUGUGGACAGUUUACAUAUUAGAGUAAAUUUAUUUUGAUUUGCAGUUAUACAGUCAAAACUAUUUGUAUGACUGAUAUUUUUUGCGCCGAAAGAGUUGUUACGUAUGCAGAGUACAAACUCAUUAACGUACUGUAAACUGAUCGAGAUGCCUUUCUCGAGGUAUUUCAUUUUAUAACCCUCUCUAGUUCUUUUUAACAUUUCCCUUGUUUUUUAAUUCUAUUUUUACAUGUUGACUUGAUUGAUAGACAGAGUACUACAAUAAUUUGGUCCAUGUAUUAUUAAUGUAAGAUUCAAUCUCAGCUAAGUAGAAAGAUGUUUUAAAGACUGCACUGCACACUGCAGUUUAUUAUAUAUCUUUGCCUUUCCGUAUUUCAGAUGAGUGCUAUAAAGAUACUUAGCAGUGGAGGCCUUCUGUCAACUGCUUGAAGAGGUUGCCUCUCAGUUUAAAAAAGUCUUAAUUUGUUUUUUCCUGAUGAAUUGUUGAUAAUCUACAUACAUACUCACUCUUUAUUCCAGGGAAAAGUAGAUUUUAUAAACCCUUUUCAAUGGAUACCAUUAUAUUACAUCAAUGAAAAAUGCUGAGCAGCUGAUAGGUACUUAAAAAGUGAGUUGAAAGCUACGAGAGACAGAGAGAGAGAGAGAGAGAGAGAGAGAGAGAGAGAGAGAGAGAGAGAGACCGACCUGCUCAGUGAUUUCCCUGUUUAGUAGAUGCAUUUUUCGUCAUCAGUUGUCUGUAUUUCAAACAGACUUUUCUGUUAUCAAAUGGGUGUGUAAAACUGUUAUUACAUUCUCUGAACAUAGUUCUUGAAAGAUUCACCAGGCACACAGGCAAUCAGGUGCAUUUUCUGCUCUAUUCAUAGCCUCUGCAACAACUUUUUGCAGAUAUUUGUCAGUAACUGUUUAUCUGGUCCCCAUUUCACAGGGUUUGCAAUGAUAUAUUCAUACAUGAAUUUUUGUUAGUGUUAUACUGAAAACCUAAAGUCGGUAGCAGUGCAACAAAAAUAAAUAGAAAAUAUUUUUGCUUGACAAUCAACAUCAGAGGUGAGAAAAAACAAAGCCUCAAGGAUACUGGUUUUCAUUACUUUUGAUUUGUCUUGUCCUUGAAAUAGAAAACUGGAAAUUAUUUAACAGUGAUCUGUGCAUUAUUUCGUGAGAAAGUAUGCAACUUGAAAAAGUCAAAUCAGGUAUGUUGCUAUACCUCUAGGGAUAACAUGCUGAGUGUUGGGCUUCUUGGUACUGUUUGCUUGAAGUGUGCUAUAGUUUAUAUGCAAUAACAACAUAUUGCUGUUGAUAAAUGAAUGUGCAGUGAUAUGAAAAUGAGUGAGGAAAGACAGUGCUGAUGUAUGUAUCCUUGUUUUCAUGUUUUAAAAAUGUUGCAAAUAAUACAAAAAAAGAAAAGAAAAUAGGGCACAUAGAAAAGUUUUUGGAAGUAUUAAUGUUAUGAAGAUCAUGUUUCCUUGUUCCCUUUUUUCCUUUCAUUCUUUACUAGAAAUUACGCACAGUAUGAGUUGUUUUUGUUUCAAGUGUGCCCAUGCUUGAAACAGACAUUAAUGAACUGAUAACAGAUGUCAUUAUGCUGCCAAAUGAUAAAAAUAUUCAUGGUAAAUGAGUAACAUAUGGUGGACAGUAGUCUAUGAAUGUCAUUUAUAAUAUUAUGUCCCAGUUUUGUGCAAUAUAACUCAUAUACAAUAAAUGCAGUCUACAUGUAAGACUGAAACUGCUGGGUUUACUAAUGCUGACUGUGGUAUCUAGUUUAUAACUUUAUUUCCAUACUAUUUAUUUUAUCUGACUGGUGCACUAGAAGAUAAAUGGUGUGGGGUUACACAAUAACAUGCCUCCAACUUAAAAGUUCAUAAAAUAUUCUGUAAUUUGGUGGUUAGCAGUAAGAGGUGUGAGGGCACUCAUACUCUAAUGUGCUUAUUGGUGAUUACAUAAAAAUCGUGGAUCAUAAAACAAACUGUAAAUAGGUGAUGGAGUUAUGUUUCACAAUAAGCAGUUGCCUGCAUUACUGAAAAGCUUUUAAUCAGAUCAGAAGCUUUAUUUCUUUAUUUAGUUUUACAAUGACUGGGAUUUUGUAAUACUUUUUCUGAAGCUUGAAAGGGGUACAUCAGUUAGUCACGAACCUAUUGCUAAAAUACGACUAUAAUAUUUUUGUUGUUUGUGCUAUAGCCCAAGAAUGUCUUGUCUCAAAAAUCCAAAAUUUUAAAUUUAUGUUUGAGUUUUUGGUUUCAAGAUUUAGUGAAACCUGCACUUUCUUCUGGAUUCAGUAGUUGACAUUGGCUGCAGUCGGUCACAGUACUUUUCAAAAGGGAGACUGUUACACUUCAAUUAGCACUUACAGACUAUUAUUUUCAGGAAAAAUGUAAAAUUGUUUUGGUUAUUGGAUUUCAUUAAAUCAUCAAUAUCAAGUGAUGUUAAAUAUUCUUGCUUUGCAUUGCUGAGUAUUGCUCAUUUUAUUUCUAUGAGGAUUACAAAAUUUAUCAGUUGCCUAUACUUGUUAGCCACUUUGCUACUUUAGGAUGUAAUCAAAUCACUUUUCACAUUACAAUAUUAAUUUGAUGUCAUUUUAUGCUUUGAUCUUUCAUAAGUCUCAGCUUUCUGCAUAUCUUUUAUAUCAAUAUUCAUUCAUGGUGAUUGUCAUUUUAUCAUCAUACUCCCAGUAGGGAGCUACAAAGCUUGCUUAUAAUUUGCUAAGAAGCAUUUUAUAAAUGCUUUUUGAAGUAAACAAAAUUUUUUUAUCCCUUUAUGAAGCAAUUGCAUUGAUAAAGAAUGAUGGCAGUCAAACAGUAAUGGAUUUUAGAGGAGGCUUUUUUGUUUGUACAUACAAGUUAACUUUUGUUAUUCCACCAUUUAAUUACACAUAGCUUUUCAAGGCAUUUAAGUUGUAGGUAAACUGCUAGUGCAUAUUUUGCCAUAGGUAUAAGCUUGAUACCGAGGACAGCUGCCAGCCCAGUGAGCUACUCGUGGGGAAUAUACACUCAUGCCAUCCCACAGUCAGUGUCAUUCAAUGCUGCAGUGUGCCCUCAAGAAAAUUCAGUUGGAAAUUGUUUAACUUGAAUUUUCCAAAGACAUUAUUUGAAACACAUGGUAUCCGUCGUGACCAGUGACAUCUUCAGUGGAGCCAUAAAUACAGAAGCUAAACAGUUCUAGAGGUGUUUGUUACCAUUGAGCUGCAUACUUUACAUACAGUUGGAAAGGUAUUGCUUUGGAUGUGAUUAUGAACAGUUAAGUUGGAGGCACAUCCUAUGGAGCAUAACAUUCAUCACUAAUGUAGUGGGUUUGUUCACAGCUGUUAUCCUUGAAGCUAAGUGAAAUUGAUAACUAGUUCAGACAAAAUUAAUCAUUACAUCAGUCAGAUUUUUGUAUUGCUGUUGUAUUGUUUGUCUAGGUACACAAAUAUGAGUGGUGUUUUUAUAUGUACCUCAAGUUUUAGUAUAUUUUCAGUUUCUGUUCAAGUUGUAGAUAAUAUGGUGCUGUUAAAGUGACAUUUUGCAUUAUACUGUCAUUAUAAGUGCCUGGAAAGCAUUUAAUGACUGGAGCAAACCAAUAGGUUAUUUUAAAUAUGUGUAUUUAUUAAUAGUUGAAGGGCACAUUUUAAUGUGUCAUAAAUUGAUACUGUGAGCAAGUUCUUUAUAAUUAAAAAAUCUUUGUUUAUUUCUGGAAAUGUGUACCAUUUUAAAUGUAUAUGCAAUUUAUUAUGUAUAUAUUUAUGUAUAUAAUUUGUAACUUAUAUAGUAGGAAAUUAUUACACAUAGGAAACAGUUUCCCACAUGUGUGUGUGUGUGUGUGUGUGUGUGUGUGUGUGUGUGUGUGUGUAUGUGUGUGUGUGUGUAUGUGUGUUUUGGUUCAAUGUAUGUGUGUAUAAACCUUUGUAAAAUUUUUGUGGUAAAUUUUAACAGAAGGCAAGCUAUUACUGAUUUAUCAAUGCAGUCAGUCAUAUCAGUUCUGCAUUUUUAGAUCGAUAUCAAUAUAUAACAGGAAAGUCAAACAGAAAAGAUUUCAGUAGUUUAGACCAAUCAAAAUUAAAGCAAGAAAAACUGAAAUUGUAGGAAAUGACAAGUCAUUGGCUAAAAAGUUACUGUGUAAUAUUAUUCAGUCCAGGUUUUCAUCCCAGAGCAGUUCAAAAGGCACUUCUUAUUACAGUUCACAUUUUUAAGCAUAUAUUGUAACUUUAAAAAAAAAAGAAAAGAAAAGAAAACUGACACAAAUCACUUAAAUAAGAACCACUUACUGUCUCACAUUGAAUAUUUCUUUCAGGGUACGGAAUCAGUCCAAUUCCAAACUUGAAAUUAUGUUUCUGUAUUGUCUUCCUUUUUAUUGAGUCAUUUUACAUGGUUUUGAAUGUUUGUUAAAUAUAAUUUAUAUUUCUACAUUGUUAAUUGUAAGUAGAAAGGCAUUACAUGACACAUUACAACACAUACCCCCUCUAAGUAUCUGGCUUAGAUUUUUGCCAGAAAAGGAUACUGUUAUGUAUAACAGUUUAUGUACAAUUUUGAUACCAAAACAAACUUACUUCAUCAUUUUACGUAUCACAUGUUUUUAUUCACAGUCAGCUACUUAUUAAAUGUUUGCCAGCCAGUUAGUAGUAUUAGAGCUGUGUGAAUGGCGAUGUAUGUUUCAUAUGUACAUAUUUGUGAUUACCGAAUAAAAUUAUUGUAACAGAAUUUUGGUUGAAAUUUA